UUGACCGAAAAAGGAGAACUUGGUUGGGGUUUAGGGAAGGAAACAGAGCAAUUAGGGUUUCAUUUCACUCUCAGGGACACAGGAGCUUCAGAAUGGCAAGAAUCAAAGUGUAUGAGCUGAGGAACAAGACGAAAGCAGAGCUUCUGAACCAAUUAAAGGAUCUGAAAGCAGAACUUGCUCUUCUCCGUGUUGCUAAGGUCACCGGCGGUGCCCCAAACAAGCUCUCGAAGAUAAAAGUGGUUCGGCUUUCGAUAGCGCAGGUGCUGACCGUGAUUUCUCAGAAGCAAAAAGCAGCGCUGAGAGAAGCUUACAAGAAGAAGAAGUACCUACCGUUGGAUCUGCGUCCCAAGAAGACCAGAGCUAUCAGAAGACGCCUCACAAAGCACCAGGAAUCUUUGAAGACGGAGCGUGAGGAGAAGAAGGAAAUGUAUUUCCCAAUUAGAAAAUGUGCGGUAAAGGUGUAACGUUGGAUCCGAGUUUGGAUGAUAUUUUUGGCGUCACUUUCUAUUUGUUAUUUGACAUAAUAUUUAAAAAAAAUUUAGUCUUCUCAGGUUCUAUUUUUGUCUCCUUUCACUUAACUUACUUUUCAUGAAACAGAAU